AUGGGCAACAGUCUGAAAGCCAUACUUGCUUUUUUGCCCUCAAAUGAGUGCCAGAAGUACCUCCUGGAAGACCUAGAAGAGAUGCCAGUGGAUAAAAUGGUGGAUCUGAGCAGCCGGCAGCUGCGGCAUCUGCCUCUGCACAUUUGCUCUUUUAGGGAAUUGGUCAAACUGUACCUGAGUGAUAACAACCUGAACUAUCUGCCCCCAGAGCUGGAGCAGCUGCAAAACCUGCAGAUCCUGGCCCUGGACUUCAACAACUUCAAAGCACUGCCCCUGGUUGUGUGCACGCUGAAGCAGCUGUGCAUUCUCUACCUGGGCAACAACAAGCUCUGCAGCCUGCCCCUCGAGCUCCGGCUCCUGCAGAACCUCAAGACCCUCUGGAUCGAGUCCAAUUGCCUGCAGUUCCUUCCCGAGGUGGUGUGUGAGCUCAGGCUGCUCAAGACUUUGCACGCUGGCUCCAACGCCCUGCGCACGCUCCCCCCGCAGCUGCGGUGCCUGCGGGAGCUCCGCACCAUCUGGCUGUCGGGCAACCUCCUGUCCGAGUUCCCCCCCGUGCUCCUGGACAUGCCUUUUCUGGAGGUGAUCGACGUGGAUCGCAACUCCAUCUGGUUCUUUCCCAGCCUGGCUCAUCUCCCGGGACUGAAGCUGGUGACCUACAACCACAACCCGUGCCGAAACGCACCCAAAGUGGCCAAAGGGGUGCGCCGGGUAGGGAGGUGGUCGGAGGAAAGCCCUGAACCCCGCAAGAGAUCCGGGGCGGUGGUAGAAAUGAUGUUUGAUGAGAAACCAUCACUACCUCUUGCUGCCAAGCCUGAGCCAGAGGUCGAGCCCUGCUGAUGCUGAUGCUCAGCUGGCCAUCAGCAAAAGCACCGUGUGCCCACAGUCGCUGCCA